CUCCUUCCACCCCACUAGCACCGCAGGGUCGGGCGGAGAGUGACUCACAACCAUUUCAAGUUAAGACAUUUAUCCUCUGCUUUUGUCCCAUCUGAAUACCGAGAUGCAGAGCCCGAGUCCUGGUGAGAAUGAGGCCCAUCUCCCGCUGCCGUCCCUGCGUCUCUUCGUGCCGCCGCUGCGCCUGGUUUCAGCCGCCAUGUGGCAGGUGGUCCAGCGGGGCGACGUCCAGGGCUACGGGCUGCUGGAGGAGUUCAUCAGCACCGUCACGGACAUCGUUCCAGAACUCUUGAAUCCCGACCAGAAGGCCCAGCUCCUCUUGGGACUCCGAGCGAGGGUGGUUCUCGACCUCUGUCGGUCGGAGCAGAGCGCCGAGAGAGAGACCAUCGCGAUGCACCUGGAGCAUAUAAAGUCCUUAAUAUCCACAUGGACAGCACAGCCGUAUUUCGCAGAUGUGCAGUUCCCUGAAUCCAACUUCGUGAAUCAAAUUGAAUCUCUACUAAAGGAUCCCGAAGAGAAGGCAAAGUUCUUCCAGGAGGACUUCCCGGUGGACUUCGGUCCGGACUACGACGCCGCUCUCCAGGUGCUGGUGCUGGACUUCCUGUCCAGACUGGAGCGCCUGCUGCCGGUCCCAGACCUGCAGCAUACGGCCUCCCUGCUGGACGCGGUCCCCUCGGCUCUGGAGGAGUGCCUCCAGUCCGUCCCCGACCCCCAGCAGCUCCGGACGGUGCUCCAGUACCACGCCUCGCUCGGCCAGCCGGACCUGGACGACGAGUCCCAGUCGCUGCCGUCGUCCUUCGGGAACUGCAUCCUGUCCUCGCUGGCGCUGCCCCAGCUGGAGAAGCUGGUGAUCGACGCCGAGCAGUUCGAGCUGCGGGCGCCGUCGGAGCCCCUGCACGGCUGCGUGACGGUGCAGCUGGAGGGGGAGACGGUGACGCUGCUGGACUACAUCCAGAUCCAGACGCAGCCGGCCGGGAACGGCCGGGGGGAGGAGGAGGAGGAGGAGGAGGAGCCCGCCGAGGCCCCGCCUCCGGACGCCGGUGGGGGGCACGCCCCCGGGGCCGGGGACCACGACGACCCAGAGGACCACAACGAUCGAGAAGACCCAGAGGAGCACGGGGAUCUAGAGGAGCACGGGGACCUAGAGGAGCACGGGGAUCUGGAGGACCUGGGGGAGCUACAGGACCCGGGGGAGCUCCAGGACCCGGGGGACGAGGAGGGGCCCGACCCGCUGAAGCCGGCCUCCUUCCAGCCGCUGAAGCAGAGCAAGCGACUGCAGCUGAAGCGGCGUGCGCUGAGCGAGCGGAAGGACUCGCCCUCCCCCCCGGGGGGGAAGCGCACGCGCAGGAAGUACCCCAACGACAAGACGUGCCCCGUCUGCAGCAAGAACUUCCUGCGCGCCACGGCGAUGCGGCGCCACCUGGAGAUCCACUCGGACAACCGCCAGCUCAAGUACAAGUGCCCCAACUGCGACAAGCGCUUCCGGGACCAGUACGACAUGACGCGCCACAACAUGCGCGUGCACGAGCGCGACGAGGCGUUUGACGGGGAGGCCGAAGAGGAGGAGGAGGAGGAGGAGGAAGAGGAAGAGGAGGCCUACCCGGACGUCGCCGCCGCCGCCGCCGACUCCGGAGACGCUGGCCCGUCGGACGCCCCGGAGAGCAAACACUGCGCUCUCUGCGGGAAGUACUUCGCCCGGAGGGUGGACAUGGACCGGCACGUCAAGUCCCACUCGGAGGUCCGGCCGCACAAGUGCCCGUACUGCGAGAAGCGCUUCAAGCACCCGUACGUCCUGCGACGCCACCAGAAGGAGAUCUGCAAGAGCCGGAACCUGAAGCGCGCCGGCUGGGCCGCCGACGGCUCGGGGGAGCCGGGCGCCGACGCCCUGAGCCCCGCCGCGUCCCCCGCGGGGGCGGCGGCGCACAGCGAGGGCAAGGUGUGCCCCGUGUGCAGCCGCACGCUGCCCUGCACGGCGGACAUGGCCAAGCACCUGCGCUCGCACACGGAGGAGCGGCCGUACGUCUGCCUGGGCUGCGAGAAGGGCUUCAAGUACAAGGACACGCUGAAGAAGCACCAGCUGAUCCACGGCCACGAGGGCACCAGGGAGGAGCCCUGCCGCUCGCUGGAGGAGAUCCUGGCGCAGGUCGACCGCCAGGGCAGGGCCGGCGGCGGCGGCGAGGGGGCGGCGGCGGGCGUCCCAGAGCCCCGGGGCACACGGGCGCCGAAGGCGUGUCCGGUGUGCGCGCGGCCGUUCGACAACGUGAAGAACCUCAACAAGCACAUGCAGUGUCACACGGAGGAGCGGCCGUACCACUGCGUGCACUGCAAGCGGCGCUUCAAGCACAUGCACAGCCUGAAGCGCCACCAGAUCUACGCCAUCUGCCACAAGAAGAUCAUGCGGCUGUCGGCCAUGAAGAAGGAGCCCCGGGGCGCGGGCCCUGGGGGCCCCGACGACGACGACGGCGAGCCCCAGGGCCCGGCGCUGAAGAUCCCGGUGUGGUGCUCCAACUGCGGGCAGCACUUCGAGUACCCGGCGGCCCUGAAGGAGCACCAGGAGGCCACGUGCCGCGUGGAGUUCAAGGACGUGAUGCGCUGCGACGACUGCGGCAAGGAGUUCAAGAGCGUGACGCUGCUGAAGGUCCACCAGCGCAUCCACGCGCCGCUCUACUGCAAGGAGUGCGGCAAGAUCCUGGCCUCGGAGCCCGCCUUCGAGCGCCACAAGCUGAUGCACAAACCCAUUGGCUGCACCAUGUGCGACAAGACGUUCACGCUGCUGCGGCGGCUGCGCGAGCACUACGAGAAGCAGCACAACUUCACGGGGCCCUACCCGUGCACGCAGUGCGACAAGAGCUUCGCCCAGCUGCCCUACCUGGCGGUGCACGAACGCGUGCACAGCGGCGAGUUCCCGUACGCGUGCACGGCGUGCCCCGAGAAGUUCCGCUCGUCCAACUGCCUGACGGUGCACCAGCGCAAGCACACGGGCGAGAAGCCCUUCCUGUGCUGGCAGUGCGGCAAGCGCUACCGCUCGGCGUCGGAGCUCACCGUGCACAUGGGCACGCACUCGGAGGCGCGGCCGUGGGCGUGCGCGCAGUGCGCCGCGGCCUACCGCACCAAGCUGCAGCUCACCAACCACGUGGAGCAGGUGCACAUCGGCGUGCGCUACCCCUGCGACACGUGCGGCAAGCAGUUCAUGAAGGAGAUCUCGCUGAAGCGCCACGAGCUGACGCACACGGGCGAGCGGCCGCACCAGUGCACCGACUGCGGCAAGACGUUCCUGACGGCCAACGAGCUGCGGCUGCACACGCGCUACCACACCGGGGAGCGGCCGUACAAGUGCGACCAGUGCGGCAAGGCCUUCAUCCAGUCGGGCUACCUCAAGUCGCACAUGCGCAUCCACACGGGCGAGAAGCCCUUCAAGUGCGACAUCUGCGAGAAGGGCUUCCGGCUGUCGUACCACAUGAAGAAGCACCGCCGCACGCACUCGGGGAAGCCCAAGAGCCACGCCUGUGAGGAGUGCGGCCUGGCCUUCACGCACAAGAAGAGCCUGUACGAGCACGCCUUCACGCACGAGCCCAAGAUGGUGGCCUUCACUCAGGAGGUCCGCAUCGAGUUUCAGUAGUCUGGGAGGGGUGGGGCGGGGGGGGUGCACUUGUUGUUUGGGAUGUGGUUUGUCUGCCAACAGGGACUCUAUUUUUGGUUACUUUAGAAAGGGAGGAGAUUUAUGUGAAGGCUGUUGGGAAAACACAAGGCGGAUAAAGUAUGCUUUGGUUUAAUUUAUUUUUCUGGCGGGCGGGGACUUGUGGGAGAUUUAUUUUGGUUUGCGCUGAUGUGCUAUGCUAGCUGUGCAUGCUAGUGAUUUUUGUUUUGUUCUGGCUUUGUAUUCUAAAGCUGACAGGAUCUCUAUCAGGUGUACAUAUUGAAUUGAAUACAGCAAAGUAUUUUGGUUUAUCUAGCAAAUAAAUGAAUCUUAAAAUCAAACUUUGAAGUUA